AAUAUCGAAUGCAUACAACUGAGCCAGAGUGUUGCAGACAUGUAUAACUUACACAUGCGGCGCAUAUGUAAGCAUUUUCAACGGUGUGCCGAGUAUACCGUAUACCGAGCUGCGGUAGAAAGUACGACAUACCGUGCACUAGCUACCAGCAUCCUUACCAUACGGCCAAAUACCGGAUAUUUCGCACGAGUCUUGAAUCAGACACAGAAAUUGUAAUAAAUUCUAUGCCGGUGUGUAUUGGAAAACGUUUUUCUCUAAGAUUUGUCGAUAAUCUCUUUCACACAGCCGCUGUAUGGCCGAGUAUCGGAAAUUGCGGCAGUGCUCAGUUGUCUGCUGUUGUCAAUAAUCUUUCAAACGUUUGUCCCUAUGGAUAUACGAAGGAACGAGUAAACACAAUCGUGCUCAGUUAUUACAGAACUUCGCAUGUGGUUAAUAUUAAUAAUGAUUAGCAGCAGAAAACAGUUUACUAUGUGGAUAUACGAAAAAUAGGAAUUAAACAAUGUCAGCAGCAAACGCGACAGUUGAGACUUGUGAAGCUGGGAAAUGGUAUUAUUUUCUCUCUUCUAGUUUAAUAACGUUAGGAGGUGGACUGGUCGUUAUUAUAGCAUAUAGACUGAUUCUCUAUCUGUGUUGUCGAACCAAAGCUGGCCAGAGGAAAAGUUCUAUAAUAACACCAAACACAGCAAUACAUAUAGAACCUUCUAAAGACUCCAAGGAGAAAAGUCCAGGGUUGUUCAACAUAAAGGGCCAUGAUCCUGAGGUUGGCUGGCUCACAGAAGCCAAGGAUUGGGCUGGUGAGCUGAUAUCUGGACAGACAACAACUGGCAGAAUAUUGGUGUGUCUGGUGUUUGUCCUAAGUAUUGCGUCACUAAUAAUCUACUUCAUUGAUGCCUCAACGAGUGCAGUGGAGACCUGUGUUCCUUGGGCAGAGAGUACCACACAACAAGUAGACUUGGCCUUCAACGUCUUCUUUAUGAUAUAUUUCUUUAUAAGGUUUGUUGCAGCCAAUGACAAGCUGUGGUUCUGGUUGGAUGUUUUCUCUAUUGUGGACUACUUCACCAUUCCACCUUCUUUUGUGGCAAUAUACCUUGACCACAACUGGUUAGGUCUGAGGUUUUUGAGAGCAUUGAGGUUGAUGUCAAUCCCAGACAUUUUAACAUACCUGAACAUUCUCAACUCUAACACUGUGAUACGUCUCUCCUAUCUUGUCUCAUUUACUCUCAGUCUGUGGCUAUCAGCUGGAGGAUUUCUACAUUUGCUGGAAAAUUCUGGAGAUUUCUUUUUCGAUUUCAACAACAAGCAUCCUCUCACUUACUGGGAAUGUUUGUAUUUCCUGGUGGUUACCAUGUCAACAGUGGGAUAUGGAGACAUCAAUGCUACCACUGUCAUGGGAAGAACAUUUAUUGCCAUCUUCAUCUGUGCUAGCAUUGGUUUGUUUGCCAGCUGGAUUCCAGAAAUUGCAGAUAUCAUAGGUCGACAGCAGAAAUAUGGGGGAACUUUUAAAAAGGAAAGGGGGAAAAAGCAUAUUGUGGUAUGUGGUCACAUCACAUAUGAUUCAGUGUCAAACUUUCUUAAAGACUUUCUACAUAAGGACAGAGAAGAUGUUGAUGUGGAAAUCAUUUUUCUGCAUAAAACUUUACCUGACCUUGAACUUGAAGGCUUGUUUAAAAGGCAUUUUACACAGGUGGAGUUUUUCCAGGGGACCGUCAUGGAUGCUAAUGACCUUGAAAGAGUGAAGAUCAAAGAUGCACAUGCUUGUCUUGUGUUAGCAAACAAAUAUUGUGAUGACCCAGACCAGGAGGAUGCAUCCAACAUCAUGCGGGUUAUCUCCAUUAAAAACUACCAUGCUGACAUUAAAGUUAUAGUUCAACUUUUACAAUACCAUAAUAAGGCAUAUUUACUGAACAUUCCAAGCUGGGAUUGGAAACGAGGGGAUGAUGCUGUAUGCAUAGCAGAACUGAAACUAGGUUUUAUUGCUCAAAGUUGUCUUGCUCCAGGCUUUUCAACAUUGAUGGCAAAUCUGUUCACAAUGAGAUCAUAUAAACCAUCAGUAGGUAUGCCCCAGUGGCAGAAUGACUAUAUGCGUGGAACAGCAAUGGAGAUGUAUACAGAAUUUUUAUCCAGCUCCUUCAAUGGUCUCACAUUUCCAGAGGCAGCUGAACUGUGUUUUGCAAAGUUAAAGCUGCUGUUACUGGCUAUAGAGGUGCGGUCAGAGGAGGGUAAGGAAAGUACACUGGCCAUCAACCCUGGACCAAAGGUAAAGCUAGAGACAGCAACACAAGGAUUCUUUAUAGCUGAAUCCGCAGAGGAAGUUAAAAGGGCCUAUUAUUAUUGUAAGAGUUGUCAUAGUGACAUAUCUGAUAUACGUAUGAUCAAGAAGUGCAGAUGUAGACCAUUUUAUGAAGAGAGACCUAAAACAAAAAUCAAUCCUAAUAUAAAACAUACUGCAACACAAAGUCAGAAUCCAAACCCAUUCAAUAUCAAAGAGAAGUUGAAAAAAGCAUCUGGAGGUGGUGGCAAUAUUGAGGAUGAUUCAGCCCGUGAAAAAUGGCUCCGUGCAGUAAAUAGGAUAAAUCGUCUUUCAAUGCCAACCAGUCCCAGCAAGGCUUUACUACCUACCAUGGAGAAAGAGAACACAGAGAUUCCACCAGCUCCAUGGAACCUCUCGUCAGAGAAGUCAGACGAGCCUAGGAAGUUUGAUUCUACUGGCAUGUUCCACUGGUGUCCUGGCAGACCUAUAGAGGAAGCAAUCAUGGACCGUAAUAAAGCUGCAUUGACAGUUCUAUGCAAUCACGUAGUGGUGUGUUUAUUUGCGGAUGCUACAUCUCCAUUGAUUGGUCUGAGAAACCUUGUUAUGCCACUACGAGCAAGCAAUUUUCACUUCAACGAACUGAAACAUGUUGUUAUUGUUGGCAACCUUGACUACCUACACAGAGAAUGGAAAACUGUACAGAACUUUCCCAAAGUUUGCAUUCUUCCAGGAUCGCCUUUGAACAGAGCCAACCUACGUGCAGUAAACAUCAACUUGUGUGAUAUGUGUGUAAUAUUAUCUGCGAAGGAUCGUAACCUUGACGAUCCUCAUUUAGUUGACAAGGAAGCUAUUCUCUGCUCUCUCAAUAUAAAGGCAAUGACAUUUGAUGACAGUGUUGGUUUAAUACAGUCAUCCUCCCCAAAUAGUCCUGGAAAUGCUUUAGAUUUCCUGCCACCAGGUUUUAUGCAGGUAAGCAGCCCAUCAAAGACAUCGAGAAGGGGAUCAGCAUGUGGCUCAAAUGUUCCUCUCAUAACUGAACUGGGUAAUGACUCAAAUGUACAGUUCUUGGAUCAAGAUGAUGAGGAUGAUCCUGACACUGAAUUAUACAUGACCCAACCAUUUGCGUGUGGUACAGCUUUUGCUGUUAGUGUUCUAGACUCUCUCAUGAGCACAAGUUAUUUCAAUGACAAUGCAUUAACAUUGAUUAGAACAUUGAUUACUGGUGGGGCUACUCCAGAAUUGGAGCAGAUUUUAGCUGAGGGAGCUGGCAUGAGAGGCGGCUACUGCACACCUGCUGUGCUUGCCAAUAGGGAUAGGUGUAGAGUUGCUCAAGUCUCGUUAUUUGAUGGACCAUUAGCACAGUUUGGGGAAGGCGGUAACUAUGGAAACCUGUUUGUCCACUCGCUAAGGAACCAGGGAAUUCUCUGCAUUGGCCUGUAUAGGUUCCGUGAUACAAAUGCAACAGAAAAGAGUCCAUCAUCAAAACGUUAUGUGAUAGCAAACCCUCCAGAAGAUUUUAAACUGCUACCCACAGAUCAGGUGUUUUGUCUAAUGCCCUGUAAUCUAUCUAAAAGUUCCAACUCCUUACCAAAUGGGAAUGAUAAAACUUUUUUGUCUCCAACCGUUUUCCAGUCCGAAGACAAAAAAGAAGUCCCCCUCACAUCACAAUGCAGAACCUGAAAGCAACCAGUUCAACACAGACUUUAUGGCAUAGACACAGAACUGCAUCAUAGAAAUGUGUACCUUAUCAUUUAUAUAGAGCAAUACAUUGCAAUAAUGUAUCAAUCAUAGUUACAGCCUGAUCAAAUUUAGCACUAUGGAGUGGAUGUAAGAUAUUUGUAGACAGGUUACAAACAUUUUGGACUAAAAAUUCUGUUUACUCAAUUUACAACUGUGCAAAGGCACAAAUGAAUAAAAUGUGGAUAGGGUAUAAUAAUUUGUAGACAAUAAAAACACUUUGUUGACAGUGUACUGCCAUUUGUAGACCUAACAUGAUCAAGAUACAGCCAGGCACAGGAUACAACCAUCAAGAUGGCGUAAAAUCUGUGUGUUAAAGUAUUUUUAGUUUGAUCAGAAAUGUCUGCUGAAAUUUUACCAUCAUCUACCUACCUUUAAAGAUUCAUAGUAAACAUUUAUAGACAUAGCACUAUCUGUUAUGUUUAUUUCAAUAUUAUGAUUAUAUA